AUGAAUGAAACAGAUAAUGGUUCAUCUCAAUCAUCUGAACCUGAACUUUAUCGUUAUAUUAAAUUAUAUUUAUUUGGUUCAUUAGAAGUUCCAUCAAUCUUGAUAUCAAUUUAUAUUAUAUUUAAAUUUAUAAAUAAUCGUGUAUUUCGUUCUCAUAUAAAUAAUCAUUCAAUAAUAUUAUUAAUUAUUGUUUCAUUUUUAAAUACAACAUCAGAAUUACCAAUAACACUUCAAUUUCUUCGUGUUGGUUAUGUUAAACCAAAUGUAAAUAGUUUUUGUUUAUUUUGGAUAUGGUAUAAUUUUUCACUUCAAUCAACAAAUUUAUUUUUAAUGACAUGGACUUCUUUUCAACGACAUAUAUUAAUAUUUCAUUCAAAUUGGACACAAACAAAUAUUGGAAAAAUAAAAUGGAAUUAUAUUCCAUUAAUUAUUUGUAUUAUAUAUAUUCCAAUAUUUUAUUUUUCAUGUAUUAUUAUAUAUCAAUGUGAAAAUUUUUUUGAUUAUACUUCAUUUCUUUGUGGUCCAAUUUGUUAUAAUAGUGUUACUUGGUUAUCAACUUAUGAUUGGAUUACACAUAUAUUAUUACCAUCAUUAUUAAUACCAAUUGCAAGUAUUGCUUUAUUAUUUCGAGUUUUAAUUCAAGCAAAAAAAAUGAAACGAACAUUAAAUUGGAGAUCAACAAGAAAAUUAACAUUACAAUUAAUGUUUAUUUCAAUACUUUAUUUACUAUUUUGGACACCAUUGGCAUUAGUAUCACUUAUACGUAUUUAUUUUAUUCCAACAUUUAUUGAUGGUAUAACUUAUUAUUAUUUAUAUUAUACACCAUAUCUUGUUCAACUUUUAAUACCAUUUGUCUCAAUUGCUUGUUUACCAGAAAUAUGGCCAAAGAAAAACCGUCUUGUUCAUACAACAACAAUAACACAAAAUCGAUUAUAA